UGGAUUAUUCCUUAAGACUCGCUCGAGCUGUCAAAGUUCAAAUCGUAAAAAGUCGCCCCGUUCCACCUUGUUUUUUUUCGGAUUACCGAUAUUCUCUUUUUCCUGCACUUUCUACAAGAUGUCUUCGACCGAAAAAAGCUACGAUGACAUGACACCUGAAGAACGCGAGGUGCACGAUAAGGCACAAAAGGAGCGUGAAGAGGCAGAGCAAGCCGAAUUACCGUACAAGUGGCGACAGACUUUGCAAGAUGUCGAUGUGACGAUUCCAGUUCCCAAAGGAACACGUGGACGCGAUCUUCAAGUGGAAUUAAAAAAGAAGCAUAUCAAGGUGGCGCUAAAGGGCCAGCCUGCUAUCAUGGAGGGCGAAUUAUGUAAAGAGAUCAAGGUGGAUGACAGCACUUGGACUAUCGAUAACCAAGAGGAAGUACUUGUACAUUUGGAAAAAGUUAACCAGAUGACUUGGUGGGAGAACGUGGUCACUUCGGCUCCCAAGAUUGAUACCAAAAAGAUUCAACCUGAAAACUCGAAAUUGGAUGAAUUGGAUGGUGAAACCCGUGCUAUGGUGGAGAAAAUGAUGUUUGAUCAGCGUCAGAAGGCCAUGAAUCAGCCAGAUAGUGAUACGCUUCGAAAGCAGCAGGUGUUUGAAUCGUUUAAGAACCAGCACCCAGAAAUGGAUUUUAGCAAAGCACAGUUCCAGUAAAGGCCUACGUAUUGUGUGGGAUAUGAUGUGAUUGUAGUGAUCCUGUUUUAAGUUUCCUUUACAGAUUUUCUCAAUAAAAGAUAAGUAAAAGAGUAAUAGGACGAAUGUUAUAAAAUUACGUAAAAAAAGAACAU